CUGAGCAGAUCCGUGGAAAGGCAACAAUACAGACAGCAGCAGCAGUAGCAGAGGAGUAGUUAAUUAAUGGAAAGCUGGAUUAUGAGGAUUGGAAAUGCAAUCUGAAUAUUGAAAGCCUGGAUUAGUGGCUUUUCAGUUUCCCUACACAAUGGGCAUAGAUAGGCGACAGAGAGCCUCUCUGGCUCUCACCUUAAACUUCAUCGCAGUCGUCUUCUCUGUCUCUGCGCUGAGCACCAGCUACUGGUGUGAAGGAACGAGGAAGGUAGCGAAACCUUUCUGCAAGGGUCCAGUGAAACUCAGGCAGAGUUACUGUAUCAUGUUCAAUAGCUCCAAUAUAAAUGACAGCCGUCUGGUACAAUAUAUUUGGGAAACAGGGGAUGAUAAAUUCUUAAUGAGACGUUUCCACACCGGGAUUUGGUUGUCCUGUGAGGAAAAUGUUAAUGGAAUAGGAGAGAAUUGUCGAAGUUUUCUGAACAUUGCACCACCCCAUGAGAAAGGUGUGCUGUGGCUAUGCAUCGUGGCAGAAUGUUUGUAUAUCCUUCUGCUUGUGACGGGGGGAAUCCUCAUGUCAAUAGAGAUCUGUCACUUCACUAACGUUAUCGAUGGACUAAAACUAAAUGCCUUUGCUGCAAUAUUCACUGUCUUAUCAGGCCUAUUAGGCAUGGUAGCACAUAUGAUGUAUACCACUGCUUUCCAGUUGACAGUGAGUCUUGGACCAGAAGACUGGAGACCCCAGACUUGGGAUUAUGGGUGGUCCUACUGCCUUGCGUGGGGUUCGUUCACUUCCUGUAUGGCUUCUUCUGUGACAACAAUCAACAGAUAUACAAAGACAAUCCUGGAGUUCAAGCACAAACGGAGGAAGAUUGAGAAAAGUUUAAAAGUCAAACAGAAGUUACUUGACUUUGAUUCGCCGGAGCAAGUCUGGGACAUGUACAUCAGUUCCGUGCCCAGCACAGCAGAGGAACUCAUGGAUUCGUCGAGUAAUGGGCGCAGGCUGUCCAGUACUUCAGUCGUCUUAGACCUGAACGACCUUCCUGACCCACAGGUGGAAGAAUAUUGCUGAAUAUUUGUGGUUGUUUAAAACAAAAAUAGUAGCUUUUGAAGUGCCGGUACUUCAAGAUGGUAAAUAUGAUUUUGCAUCACAGGUUUAAGGAAUUGUGUUCAUUACGUCUUGUAACCCAUUGAAAGGGGUCUUACAGUUGCUAAUGAAAUAAUUCCAAGAUCCUGUCAUGCACCUCCAUUUACUAUGUAGCUUGUACUGCAUGUGCAAUUUUGAAAGAAGCUUUGUUUUCAGUUUUUAAAAAAUCUCCUGGUGAAAUUACCUGGGAAGUGGACCUGAACGUAAAUCUUGUAACAGCUCUCUAUUUUUUAAAUGAAAUACAUGUUUGCUAGGUGUUUCUUUGCAAGCUGCUCAUGUGAGACCUAUACACAUUGUGAAUGGAUGGUAAGAUUGAAGUAUUUCAUUAACUGUAACUACUCUAAAAGCCUGCUAUUUUACAGUUUCAUAAUGCAAUACAGUGUUGCCUUUGAGGUAAUUGUUCCUGUAGUACGAUAGACAAAAUGGCACUGUCUGAGUUUUCUGCUUUGCUCAUUAAAAACUGCUGGAGGGUGAUGCCCAGUAUAAGUUGAAAGAACAAAAAGCUGUCCAGGAGAUAGGAGGUAAGGUUGCUAAUACUAAUAAGAGAUAGGAAACUGAAUUUUGACCUUGCUUUGAUGUUCUGAGCCAUUUGGAUGUGAUGAUGCUGCCACAGCACGUUGAGUGGCUUCAUCAAUAUGAAAACAAUGCAGUGCUGUUCUGAACUGACUAAAACAAGAUACAUGCUCAACCUCUAGGGUGCGUCUAAUUAGGUAUUCAAAGACGUUCUUUCAGAUAUAUGCGAAUAUGAGCACCCUUCAAUUUUAAACAUAUGCCAACCUUCUAGAACAGCACAGCGGGCAUCCUCUGGCUGUUACAGUGUAUUGUCAAUAUUUUCCUAUUCUAGCUCCAGUGCAAAAGGAUGAGUGUCAAUAAGAAUGUUAAGUUUUUCAGUUUAAAAAUCAAGAAUAUGGUUGGAAAACCCCUAUUAAAGGUCUAUGACGGUAAAUUUGCACAGCUGUUUUGCAGUUUUCUCAUGCCUUUUCAUGAUUAUUAACGUACCAUAUUUUACCAUUGUCCGCCAUGUAUAUCAUACCUCUGUGGAUUUUACAAUGCUUGCCCUCGCUUUACCAUGUUUUCACUAUAUUUUAUAAGGUAAGAAAUAUAAUUAGUGUAAUCCAUGGACUAGAUCUUCCAUAUGCCUUCUACUAUAUACUAUUGUGUUUCUCUAGCCUGUCUUGUAGAUAUUAAGCAAUAUAUUUUUCAAAAUAACGAAUAAAACUGCAAACUUUGAGUGCCAUUGUGUUUCCAGAUCAUGCUCCCUUCUGCUACUGGUCUAAUUAGAUAAAAAGGUUGUUAUGGGAACAGAAAAGCAGCAGUCUUGUUUCUGAAGGGAGUAUGUUUCAAGAGGGACAUACAAAGGCUCCCACUGACAGGACUGCACAGAUGCCAAAUGACUGAUUUGGUUAAGUCAGACUAAGAGAGGAAACAGCACAUAACUGUUUUUUGUUUUUUUUUAUUAAAGUCUGGGACCUACAAAAGGAAAGACCAAGGUUUUUGUCAUAUAACAAUAAUAACUGUAAUUAUGAAUAAAGUAUACUUGGAGACAAUCCUCCUCGAGCAUUUAAAAACUUAUACCCGGUCUAAGAUUUAACUCACUCAAAUAUUGUUAUCUCCUUGUACACCCAUUAUAAAAGUUUACCACAGUAAAUUUGCACUGCGUUUUUGCUGUUUCCCCAAGUGUUCUAAUAAGUAUUUACAAUGCUUUACCAUGAUUUCACUAUGCUUUACAUUUUCUAUGCUUUUACUAUGGUAUACUCUUAUAAUGGCAUUUGAUGCGGCCUGUCGUUAUUGCUUAAAUUUGCUACAUAAGCCUGUGUAAUUUCCUUGACUCAUUAGAAGUUCUAAUUGUCAGAGAUUUUGAAGACAAAAUAGAGAUUUUGAAAUGUGAAGAUGUUUUUAUGUGUGAGAGUACAGGCCAGCAGCGCCCAUUAUGCUCAGUGUAGUGAGAAAACGCUUUGUAAAAUGAUUGAGUACAAUGCCAAACGUAAAACAGUGUGUGUUGUGAAAUAGAGCUAUCUUUGUAAUAUACCUAUAUCAAUUGCGAGAUGUUUUGUGACGAAUACCGUAAUAUUGUUUUUG